UAAAGGCAUUUCCUAUGGUCUAAGGGAGAUCACUCUAUUUUCCUGCCUCCCCACACGUGACUAUUUCACAAACUUCAGUAACACAGGAAACGUCAACAACAGUAGGCAGUACGGCGGCGUUAGCAAGCAUUUCGAGGGUUGUGAAGUUCGGACAGAGACUCAGGUUCCACCCACAAGUCGGCAGUACACUAUCUGUUCACAUGGCGGAGUCGUGCGGUUUCCAGUUUGUUGAGGUGAAGGGUGACUUGUUCAAGUGCCCCGAGACCGACGCCAUUGUCCACUGCGUCAGCCAGGACAUGCACAUGGGAAAGGGGAUAGCUGUGCUCUUCAAGAAGAAAUUUGGUGGUGUAGAAGAGCUAAAGGGUCAAGGGAAGAAGCCAGGUGAGACAGCAGUCUUGAAGAGGGAAUCUCGGUAUGUCUACUAUCUGGUCACCAAGCCCAAGUACUUCAAAAAACCCACAUACGACUCCUUGACGUCCAGUCUGCAGGACAUGAAGAAGCAUGUCGUUGAGAACAAGGUUGGGUGUAUCUCCAUGCCCCGCAUCGGAUGUGGUCUGGACGGAUUGCAGUGGCACAAGGUCACAAACAUUGUCAAGGACGUGUUCUCAGACACUGAUGUCAAGGUCACAGCUUACACAAUCUGAAGGGGAAUUGGCGGAGAUAUUGUUUCUGCAACCACUUAUGUUUUGAUAGUGGCUGAAAUAUUGCAAGAUUGUUUCAUUGUUUGCUCUGUUGGUCAAAGACCUACUGUUGGAAUGACAGAUAUCUGAAUGUAACUGUUAUUAUUUUCUGUUUGGAUGCUUGGUCAUGCCCAUUUUGUCUUUCAUGUCUUUCAGCUCAAAUGAUUGUGAUCUGAAAUUCAAAAGUGUGACCAAAUCUGCCAUAUGGAAAGUCAUUUGAACCUUUGCAACUAUACUCAUGGAAAUAAAUAAGGGAAACAUGAAAAUACAAAUGUUAUUUUAUUUAUUUCCAGAAAUUCACUCACAGUGCAAUACAUACCUUGUGAAGAAACCUGGAAAAGAAUAAAGGAACACUUGUACUUUCAUGUGUUCCCUUAUUUAUUUGUUUCCAUGAGUAUAUUUAUGUAGUUGUCUAGGUGCAAUGUAAGUGGUUGGUUUGAUCUGAUUGCAAUAUCGGUCUCGUUCCUUUUCUGACUUUGAUUAAAAAUCCUUUGUUUUGUUGGCUAGGAGUAUAUGGUGAAUCUGAACGAAGUUUGUAUUUCUAUGUUGAUUGAUUGUUUGGACAACUGAACCUCCCUGUGUUUCGAUAUGAGCUGUUCAUUUGAGGAAGAGAUGAAAGGUUUCAAAGGCUGUGUUAUAGUUUUCAAUACUGACUCAAGUUGUUUCAUGCACUCAGUGUGUCUGUGCCUAGAAAGAUAAAAGGUUGAAUGUAAUUACUUGAGGUAGAGGACUCUAACUUUUCUGUAGGCUAAUAGCCCAGGAAUGACAGUUGAACAUAAUUUCAAAUGUGGAUCUUCUUUUCAAUUUGCUGAUUCUAUGGCAGGAGCUGAAAUCUCAAAAGUUGUUUUUGUGUGACAGUCAUGAUUUGAUUGUUUGAU